AUGCUUUCAGGACUCUUACCACAAUUAUUUAAAUAUAUUGAUGAAAAAUUAUUAGCAGAAUGGAAUGCCUUAAUAAUAAAAGGUGUACACAUGUCUACUUUAGAAGAAACCAUGUCAUUUGAAGAAAGUUCAUUAGAUAUAUAUAGUGAUGAAUUUGAAGAAAUCUUUGAUGAAAAGAUCCUAAAAGAUUUAACCAGAGCUUAUUUGGAUGUCGUGGAGCCUAUAUUUGGAAGUGUUGGAAAAAAAGGUGGAGGAGCCGAGACUUCAGAAGGUGGCGUGGCUGUCGAAAAUGAUGAAUUAAAAGAAUAUGUGCUAGAUUACAUGCCUAUAGCAGAACCCUUAUUGACGAGUUUAUGUCAUCUAAUGACAUACAAAGAUUCAAUAUCAUGUGUCCGAGUAGUACAAUUAUGUGCAAGAAUAUUACCAAAUCUAAUUAAACGAGAAGGAUUAAGAGAAUUUGUCGGAAAAGGAUUAUUAACUUCAGCUUUGCAUGCAUUGAAUGAUGGAUAUCAUAAAGAAUUUCAUCCUGUCAUAGUAUCUUUAAUAACAGAUAUCUAUAUUGAAUUAAGGCCUUUUUCUUCCGUACCUUUUGAAACCUUUUCUAAUUUAUCGAAUAUGAAUUAUGAAAAAUUACAGCGAAAAGUUGUUGUAAAGAAAUUUUUAGAAGGAAUAACGGGAGUUUCAAAAGGUGAAUGGUUUAAAAUACCUACGACAAAAAACCAAAAUACGAGUUCAAAGAAACAACUUGUAGGAAAUUAUGUAAAGCCUAAAAUUGGUGUAUUAGAUGUUGUAGAUGAUCCAGAACAAGUUGGUUUGGUCGAUUUAUUUGAAUAG